AUGUCCCCAGAGUAUGCAUUUGACGGAAAAUUCUCUGUGAAGUCCAACAUUUUUAGCUUUGGUGUACUUUUGUUAGAGACGGUUUGGUUGCUAUGGAGUGAAGGAAGGGCCAUGGAACUCAUUGAUGUAUCUUUAUGCGACUCUGUCGUCGAGUCUCAAGCAGAGAGAUGCGCUCAGGUGGGCUUGUUAUGUGUCCAAAAGUUUCCUGAAGAUAAGCCGACAAUGUCCAGUGUUGUUUUCAUGUUGGCAAAUGAAGGAGCAACCUUGCCCCAGCCUAAAGAGCCUGGUUUCUUCAUGGAGAGGAGUUCAGGUAGCUCAGAUGCAUCUUUAGUUAAGGAAGAAGGCUACACACUCAACGUUAUUACGGUCACAUUGCCAGAAGGUCGAUAG